AUGCUUCCGAACUCUCCACAACAAAAUGGGAUUGCUGAGCGCCGCAUUGGCAUGGUCAUGGACGUCGCCCGUACGUCCAUGAUGCAUGCGGCUGCCCCCCAUUUUCUGCGGCCGUUUGCGGUUCGGUACGCGGCGCAUCAGAUCAACCUUCACCUCAGGGUCUCCAUGCCGGAGACCUCCCCAGCUUUGCUGUGGACGGGGAAGGUAGGCGAUGCGUCUGCAUUCCAUGUCUGGGGAUCUCGGGGGUUUGUCCGCGACUUGUCUGCGGACAAGCUGUCCCCUCGUGCUGCUCCCUGUGUCUUCUUUGGUAUGUCCCAGGUAGACGCAUUCGAGCCGGUCGAGGUUACUGGUGACUCUGGUGCUGCUGCGGGUGCUGAGCCUGGGGGUGCUGAUUCUGGGGGUGCUGCACGUGUGGGUGCUACGCCAGGGGGUGCUGGGCUUUCGGGUGGUACUACUAGGGGUGCAGAGCCUAGGGGUGCUGAGACUAGGGGUGCUGAGCCUGGGGGUGCCGCGCCUGGGGGUGCAGAGCCUGGGGGUACUACGCCUGGGGGUGCUACGUUUGGAGGUGCUGAGCCUGGGGGUGCCACGUCUGGAGCUGAUGAGCCUGGGGGUGGGGAGCCGGCGGCCCCUGGACCUGCUCGUGUGGCGUCUGGUGGUGCUGGGCCUGGAGGUUCUCCGGGUGCUUCGUCUCGGCGGGAGCCACUCUCUCGACAAGAGCUGCGUGAGUGGUUUGCCCGACGCUGGAGGCGUACUGCUGGAGUUGGAGCUUCUUCGGCUGCUGAGGGUGGUGGUGCCGCCGGUCCCGGAGGUGCUCGUACUGGGAGUGCUGGAGCUGUUGGGCCUGCGGGUACGACUGGAGCUGGAACUGCUGAGGGUGUUGGCGCUGAGGCUACUGCUGUCGGUCCUGGCGGCGGUCCUGUUGCGGGUGCUUCUGGUCCUGCAGCUGGAGGUGCUGUUGGCGCUGGUCCUGCCGCUCAGGGUGCUGGUGCUGUCCCUGCUGCGUCUGGAGUCGACGCGCGGCCUCGGCCGUACUUCGUUCCGCUCCUUCAGCAGGUUCUUGGUCCUCCUCCUCCCUUAGAGUCUCCACCGCCUAUCCAGUCACAGUCACAGUUUCCCCCGGCCUUCCCACUACCUGCUCCUUCUCCCUACACUGGUCCCACUGGAGGUCUUGCUAAGCGUCGUGAGCCUGCGUCUUGUCUUGCGUCGCCUGUUCGUGCUGCUCGCACUAGUGGUCUCGGUUCGCGUCAGCGUCCUCCUCCUAUCCCUGGCACGCACCAGAUGUCUCUACGUCCGUCCACUGCUCCUCCACGUGUCCCUUUGCGUUCUCCUCCUGAGUCCUCUCUUCCUGCUCUUGCCGACCCGGAGUCGGACUCUCUUCUUGCUGCCAGUCCUACUGUCACGCGUCUCCUUGCUACUGUCGUCACUGACCCUUCCUUUGAGUCCACUGUUGCGUCUGCCCUAGUAGCUGAGCUCGUCGACUUUGCUGCUCGCUGUCGUCUAGACUACGCUGCUUGUCUUGUUGUUGAGUCUGCGUCUGUCUGUCCUCGGUCCAUCGGGGGUAAGUGUGCUCUUGGCACGGACGUCCUUGAGGACAGGCAGGAGGAGUUCCAGUGUCUGGCUGCUGCUUCACCUCAUCUCGUGUCCGCACUGCUUACCCCUGAGGGAGACCCGGAUGCACUUGACAUCCUGACUGCGCGCUCUUACGCGGAGGCCGUAGAGGGUCCCUACUCCUCUCAGUGUGGCAUGUGGAUCUUCAGGGUGAAGCGGCCGCCAGGUUCUCCACCUGUCUUCAAGGCGCGGUACGUGGCUCGUGGCUUCAGUCAGCGGCAGGGAGUUGACUACUUUCAGACCUUCUCUCCCACCCCGAAGAUGACCACUCUUUGGGUGCUGCUGCACAUAGCCGCUCAGCACGACUACGAGCUUCAGUCUCUUGACUUCAGCACUGCUUUCUUGAAGGUCUACGGUCUCCGCCAGGCACCGCGUGAGUGGCACGACACACUGAGGACUACGCUUGCGGCUCUUGGGUUUGCUCCCUCUACUUCCGUCCCGUCGCUAAUUCUGCGCACCGACACCUCUUUGCCGCCGUUCUACAUCUUCGUGUACGUCGACGACUUGGUCUUUGCCACUGCUGACACUGCUGGACUCGCCCACCUGAAGUCCGAGCUGCAGAAGAGACACACGUGCACAGAUCUGGGUGAACUGCGCAGCUACCUUGGCUUGCAGAUCACCCGGGACAGAGCACAGCGCACCAUUGCCCUGACUCAAUCACACAUGGUGCAGCAGGUCCUUCAGCGCUUCAGCUUCACGUACUCCUCGCCUCAGGCCACUUCUCUGCCUACUCGCCACUCGCUCUCAGCUCUGCCUUUGGAUGAGUCCGUAGAGUCGAGUGGCCCGUACCCAGAGCUUGUUGGCUGCCUCAUGUACCUGAUGACCUGCACACGACCUGACCUUGCAUACCCUCUUAGCACUCUUGCACGCUAUGUUGCUCCUGGGAGACACAGACCGGAGCACCUGGCUGCAGCGAAGAGGGUGUUGCGCUACUUGUGCAGUACGUCAGGCAUGGGGCUAGUGCUUGGAGGGCAGAGUCCAGCGGUCCUCACUGGGCACGCAGACGCUUCUUGGGCUGACGACCAGGCUACACAGCGGUCAUCACAGGGUUACACCUUCAGCCUUUCGUGGCGGGCUACUCGCUCGUCUUGCGUUCUCGGCUCCAGUUGUGAGGCUGAGAUCUACGCCAGAGCCAUGGCUGCUCAGGAGCUUCGCUGGCUCACCUACGUGCUGACUAACCUCGGAGAGCCACCUCGUUCUCCUCCAGUGCUGUACGUAGACAACAAGGCCAUGCUGGCCUUGUGUCGGGAGCAGCGCCUGGAGCACAGAACGAAGCACAUUGCUCUCCGCUACUUUCUUGCUCGUGAGCUGCAGGAGCGUGGUCAGUUGCGACUUGCGUACGUGGCCUUUGAGGCCAACACUGCUGAUAUCUUCACUAAGGCACUUGCGCCUUGUGAUCAUCAGCGCUUCUGUACUCAGCUUGGUCUUGUGCCUGUCUUGCUGCACUUGCUCACUUCUUGA